CAUUUUCAGUCUCUGUCUGGCGUUCGAGCGCGUUGGAAGUGUCAGAGGAGAUUGCGUCCAAAAGUAGAUUAUAUAUAUACUAUAUAUAUUCCAAAUAGUUUUACUUAGUAAGUAGAAACAAGUGGAGAGUUUAAAGAGCGAUGGAUUUGCGCGUGAGCUUUGGUGAAAAGCUGAAAUUGGGCGCCAAGAUCAUUGGCCAUAAGGUUGUUCAGUACAAGUUGGGCACGGGUCACACCAAGGAGUUGACUACCAAAUAUGGUCAAUUGAAGGGUCAGCAAAGGAAAACCAUCUAUGAUGGAGAGCUCUACUACUCCUUUGAAGGAAUUCCCUUUGCCCAACCUCCAGUGGGUGAACUGCGCUUUCGAGCACCCCAACCUCCGAUUUCCUGGCAGGGAAUCAGGGAUUGCACUUAUGCCAGGGAUAAGCCCAUGCAGAGGAACUCCAUUAUGAACACUGCCGAAGGAUCCGAGGAUUGCCUUUAUCUUAAUGUCUACGCCAAGAAGUUGGAGUCGCCAACACCACUGCCAGUUAUGGUUUGGAUUUAUGGAGGCGGUUUCCAAAUCGGAGAAGCCUCCCGGGAGAUCUACGGACCGGAUUACUUCAUGAAACACGAUGUCCUGUUGGUCACCUUUAACUAUCGCGUGGGUGCCUUAGGUUUCUUGAGUCUUAAGGAUAAGAAUCUCAAGAUACCCGGCAAUGCGGGGUUGAAGGACCAAAUCCAGGCACUUCGUUGGAUCAAGGAGAACAUAGCCAACUUUAAUGGUGAUCCUGAGAAUAUAACCGUAUUUGGUGAAUCUGCUGGUGGAGCUUCCACCCAUAUCCUUAUGCAAACGGAGCAGGCGAGAGGACUCUUCCAUCGGGCAAUCGUCCAGUCUGGUUCGGCUUUAUGUGGCUGGGCCACGAAUUCGGACAAGAAAUGUCCUCAGAGAUUGGGCAAGGAACUCGGUUACACUGGAGAUUUGGAAAGCGAAAAGGAUUUGUUGGAGUUUCUCAAGCAAGUUCCCGCCAGCAAGUUGGCUCUUUACUGCAAUGCGAUUGUUUCGCAGGAAGAACAUCGUGAUUAUGAUAUACUGGCUUUUGCUCCUGUAAUAGAAACUUAUGUUGGUGAGGAUUGUGUGAUUGCGAAAUCCCAACAGGAACAACUAUCAAGUGCUUGGGGCAAUCAGAUUCCCAUGAUCAUAGGAGGAACCUCUUUUGAAGGACUCUUUUCGUAUCAGAGUACUUUGCAGGAUUCCCUUUACAUGCUGAGUGCCUUUGAGGCAAUAAUCCCAAAACAGGUUCGCAACUCCAUCGAUAAGGAAGAGUUGGCUGAGAUGGUGAGAAGGUUAAAGACCUCCUAUUUCGAUGAUCCCGAAAGAGCCAGCAUGGAACUGUUCGAAUGCCUUCACAUCCUGAGUAUUAAGAACUUUUGGCACGACAUUCAUCGCACUUUGCUCGCUCGAUUGGCUUAUGCAGGCAACUCAUCAACCUAUCUGUAUCGAUUUGAUAUGGAUUCACCGCACUACAAUCACUAUCGCAUAUUGAAAUGCGGAAAGAAGGUGAGGGGAGUGUGCCACGCCGAUGACAUUUCAUACAUGUUCUACAGCAUCCUUUCGAGCAAAUUGGACAAGAAUACGCCUGAGUACCGAACAAUUGAGCGGCUGAUUGGCAUGUGGACUUCGUUUGCGGCCACAGGAGAUCCUAAUUGCGAGAUUAUUGCUCCCGUGAAGUGGGAUCCCAUUCGACCAGGCGGAGUGGAGCACUGCCUCAACAUUGCCGACGGUUUGGAGUUCAUCGCGUUGCCAGAAAGUAAACAAUUUGUAGUUUGGGAUAGUUUUUACACCAGGGAAAGUCUUUUCUAAGGAGAUAAUGCUACACAGGGAAAAAUAAACCACCGGAUUAUGGGAAAUUCAAUAAGCUUUAAAUAGUGUUUUCAUCUAUCAAAACAAAGUGCAGCCAAAAAGUAACCUUAAUAUAAAUUACUUAGAUAAAUUACGCUUUUAAAGUUUCCUUAUCAUCACUUUUAUAAUAAAUGCUUUUGAAUUUAUUACAUUUAAACCAAGUAAGCCUUUUUAACUUGUUAUAAAACAAUUGCCAAUAAAAUAAGGUGCUUAAAGCCAAUCAACUUGAA